AUGGCGAGUGUAUACGCCGCCUUCCUGCAGGCGCCGAAUGCCUCGCAUCUCGCAAACGACGCCUCGAUCAACUACAUCACCACCACGACGAGCAUCAGCGAACCGGCCGCGAUCGUCAAGCAUAUCACCGCACAGCAGAAGCAGGUGACGAAGAAAGAGGAGCGCAUACUGAGCACCAUUGAGGGGCAUGAAGAUCUGCUCCUCGAAACAGAGACGACUUUGCAGUUCAACAACGGCGGUGGAGCCUUUUUGCCUAACAUGGACGAGAACCUGCUCGACGAGAAGCUGGUGACGUUCCCGCUGCUGCAUGUUGUCCAGUUCGACGCAACGCGUAAGAUCAAGCAGAUCCGUCUGUACUGGGACCAGUCCACGCUUCUGAAACAGGUGGAGGCAAUUGGCAAGACAGGACGCAACUGGCCGAUUCGCGACGGCAAGGCCCAGAUCGAGGCCAUCAACAAGAGCGUCAAGGCCACCGGAGGCGAGACCACCGGCGUGAAGUCACUCGCAGCACGCGGCCCCAACGAUGUGGUCAUCAGAGAGCACAAGAAGAGCGACAGCGUUUCUGCAACUCGCGGUCAAAGCACCAGCUUAAAUCUGUUCGCCGCACGUGACCCGAACGAACAAGUAGGAAGCGACUAUCAAGGUCCUAAGCUCGCACCACGCGCUUCCGCCAAGCCAGCACCGCGCAAUUACAACGAGCUGUUCGCUAAUGGCGAGUCUCCGCCUGAUGACCCGACGUCGAACGUUAGGAGCCCUUCGCCGAGUAAGAAGGACGGGACUAUUCUGAAGGCGGGCGCCGGCAAGCACUAUACCGGCAAUCGCCUCUUCGAUGAUAAUGAGCCGUCUGGCGCGCGCUCGCCUGAGCGUAAGAAGGUGUUCAAUCAGAAGUAUGACCAUUUCGCUUUUGGUGACGGGGAAGAUGCGCCGUCUGGUCGUCCGAUGAGCAACAACAAGAGCAAGGGCGCAGCGACCUUCAGCUUCGAGGAUUUUUCUACGCCGCCGAAACACCAAAUCAAAGAGCGUAGGGAUGAUCAGGUGCAUUGGGGUCAGGAGGAGGACCAGCCCUCGCCACCAAAGCGACCGAUCGUGCAUGCCGCCCGGAAAGACGCCGACGCCCACUUCAAUAUGACGGAUGAGAGGUCGCCAGCCGCGGCGCGCCCUCCGACCAGCAAGCAAGGCAUGAUGCUGUACGACGAUCCAGUCUUUGGUGAAGACACAACCAGCCAGAAGGGUUCGCGCAGCAACACCACUUCCACCGACAACAGCCGCCGUGGCAACGACUUCAGCGCUCACUACCAGAUGACCGACACCCAAUCGCCGGCGCAGAAAGAGAACGCCGCACCUAGCGACUCGAUGGAGCAGCACUGGGCCUUCAGCGACUCGAAGCAGGAGAAGAAGAUCUACAAAACCGCUGGUGACGGCAUGGGCGGACGUAGUGGCGGACACGACUGGAUGACUGGCGAGGGUGAUCAGAAGAUCUACAAGACUGCGGGCGAUGGUAUGGGUGGGAGAGCGACGACAGGUCGGAGCUGGGGCAUUGGCGACGAGAGUGAUGUUGAAGAAGAUACUGAUAAGCGUUACAGGGGUCGAGGAAGGGGGCCUCAGGCUCAAGCGGGAGCGAGGCAGUAG